ACAAGGAGGCGACGCGGGGACGGUAGGCAGGGGCGUUGGGUUCCUGCUCCGUUUCCUCGAUGCGUGUGUGCCGAUGUGCCAGGCCAUGCUGCAGGGAGGAAAGGACAAGAUCUUGUUUGCUGUAAUGGCUUGCAAGCGGUUCCAAGCGACACCCCCGCCCCACUCGCCUAAGCACCACGCACUAGCUGACCUUGGCAGGCACCAUUGCUUCGGGUAUAUAAGACUGGUCAAGAUUCAAGCACGGCGCAGUUCGACUCCUCUUCCUCCUCGUCCCCAUCCACUACAUCGGCGCAUCAUGAGGGCUCUGGUUGCUCUGGCAGUGCUGGGCGUCUGUUCGGCUUUCCCAGUAAUCCCUGACGACCCUCAAGUAGCGGCUGAGAAGGAAAGGUUCCUCACGACCUUCAAGAUAAUCGAGGAAGUAUCACAACCCAAGGGGGGUUCACUAGCAUCCCGCCCUGCGGAUGUGUAUGUAAUCCCGCCUCCUCAGCCUAAGUGGAUGGGGCCCCUUGCUUCCAAGGUUCCCGCCAGCCUUCCUGGAUCAACUCCCUUCGUGGCAGACACUCCUGAAGUGAUAAAUGCCAAAACCCACUUUUACAACACAUACAACUCUCAGGUCAUAGCCACCCGGCCCCGCCCAGGCUCUCCUUCCUACUACUAUUCUGAGCCUUCCCCUGCACCUAAAGCAGCUGCACCCUCUAGAGUCUCUGUACCCAUCGCUGCAGUCCCUAUCUACGUCCCCGAAACUCCCCAGAAGAAGUGGUAUGGUCCUUUGGCCUCCGAAGUCCCCGCCAGCCUCCCAGGCUCCUCCCCUGUUGUCUUCGACACUCCCGAAGUCAAUAACGCUAAGGCUCACUUCUUCAACACUUACAGGCGACAAGUCAAGGCCGUAACUCCCAGACGAAUGCCCUUUUAAAUAGUCGUGCUGCGAUGAUUGGCUGUUUCACAAAAAAAGUACGUGACGUGUGACGUUACAUCAUCGUCAUUGGCAUUCAUCAGUACUCCUCCAUGGAAUUCAGUCCUUUUCCAAUGCCUUCCUCUCAUUCAUCUCUUCUUACAUGAUGAAUUUCACUUCAGCGAAUUUUGUGAUUUAGUCUCAUCUCAUCCUUUGUCAGCAUUAGCUACAAAUUCUGUUUUCAUUCUGCCAACCUGAAUAUCCACUUAUCUUUCCCACGCAUUAUAUGAAACCGACAACACUGUAUAAUAAACCUGAGAAACAUU